AUGACAGAUAUCCAAGUACAACUGGAUAAUAUUGUGCCAGCAAAUGCAAGUAUAUGGCAGAGCGUCAUCGCACUUGACUCUUCCUAUCUUCGCAAAAGGGCUACUACUUCAUCUCAUUUAAAUUUCACGAAAUGGAAUACUUACUUACGUCGAAGAUAUCAAUUGUCACAAAAUUCAUCUUCAAAAUGGCCAGUCGACCGUUCAGAAUAUCUGAUCAUCCGUAAAAAUCUUCUCAAUCAGAAAUACGGACCGGUUUCUUCGCCUGAGUCAAACACGGGUGCAAUUACUCUACCAAGUGAACCAACACCAUAUAACAUAUUGCUUCUUGACAGACAACGUUAUCGUUCGCUUUCUCGCGUUUCUACACUUUCCUCCACCUCUCAGAUGCCAAUACCCGAUAUAUCCCUUCCAAAAAGUGAGAAUAUGGCACCGAUUAGCACUGGCUAUGCAUUUGCGGGCAUUGAAACCAUCUUUGAUCAUCACAAAGAUUCUAUCACUCGAAUUCGUUUUGCCCAUAAUGAUUCCCAUCUACUAGCCAUAGCUUCAGCCGAUGGAACUGCCUCAAUUUGUCAUAUCGCCAAAUCCGAUCCAUCCGCCAUCAAAACCCCCUUCUCACAUCGUAUCGAUUACCUCAAACCACCUCAGGUCCUUCCAACCGCUGCAAAAAAUCCAAAUCGAUAUCAUCUUCCUGCAGCUAUCAUGGAUGUGGCUUGGUCUGUGGGGAAUGACUUUGUAGCCACAGUAAGCUUGGAUGCUUCUCUUUGUCUCUGGGAUGUCAAUCGACAGGGUAUUCUGGCUAGACAUCUUCGUGAUGUUGCUACACCUGGUGGAAGUCUUAUGGUCUGCGAAUUUCAUCCUACAAAUAAUAACUAUUUGAUUCUCGGAGAUACUAUGGGACUGGUACAGGUAGGGAACAUGCGUUUUAGUCCUGUAGCUGAUAUUCUUGUUGAGGCUUGA